AUGGGAGCUGCUACUAAGUUGGCGUUCGCUGUUUUUCUUAUCUCUUGUUCUUCAGGUGCCAUCCUUGGCAGAUCAGAAACACAGGAGUGCAUCUACUACAACGCUAACUGGGAGAAGGACAAGACGAACCGCAGCGGGAUCGAGCCGUGCUACGGGGACAAGGACAAGAGGCGACACUGCUUCGCCACCUGGAAGAACAUCUCUGGGUCCAUUGAAAUCGUGAAGCAAGGCUGCUGGCUCGAUGACAUCAAUUGUUAUGACAGGAAUGAUUGCAUAGAGAAGAAGGACAGCCCUGAAGUGUUUUUCUGUUGCUGUGAAGGCAACAUGUGCAAUGAACGCUUUUUCUAUUUUCCAGAAAUGGAGGUCACACAACCAACGUCCAACCCCGUUACACCCAAGCCACCUCUCUUCAACACCUUGCUGUAUUCCUUGGUGCCUAUCAUGGGGAUUGCAGUGAUUGUGCUCUUCUCCUUCUGGAUGUACAGACACCACAAGCUGGCGUACCCUCCGGUACUCGUUCCAACCCAAGAUCCUGGACCACCACCACCUUCACCUUUGAUGGGUUUGAAGCCACUGCAGCUGCUAGAGAUCAAAGCCAGGGGAAGGUUUGGUUGUGUAUGGAAAGCUCAACUACUAAAUGAGUAUGUGGCUGUCAAAAUAUUCCCUAUUCAGGACAAACAGUCGUGGCAGAACGAGUAUGAAAUCUACAGUUUGCCUGGAAUGAAGCAUGACAACAUUCUGCAGUUCAUUGGUGCAGAGAAACGAGGCACCAGCAUUGAUGUCGACCUCUGGUUGAUUACAGCAUUUCAUGAAAAGGGCUCCUUAACAGACUUUCUCAAGGCUAACGUGGUCUCCUGGAACGAGCUGUGUCACAUUGCCCAGACCAUGGCCAGAGGCCUGGCAUAUCUCCACGAGGACAUACCAGGGCUGAAGGAUGGGCACAAACCUGCCAUCUCCCACAGGGACAUCAAAAGCAAGAACGUGCUGCUGAAAAAUAAUCUUACAGCUUGUAUUGCUGAUUUUGGUCUAGCUUUAAAGUUUGAGGCUGGCAAGUCUGCAGGGGAUACACAUGGACAGGUGGGCACCCGGCGGUACAUGGCUCCUGAGGUGCUGGAAGGUGCUAUAAACUUCCAAAGGGAUGCCUUCCUGAGGAUAGACAUGUAUGCCAUGGGACUGGUCCUCUGGGAGCUGGCCUCACGCUGCACCGCCUCCGACGGCCCAGUAGAUGAGUACAUGUUGCCGUUUGAAGAAGAAAUUGGCCAGCACCCCUCCCUCGAAGACAUGCAGGAAGUUGUAGUCCACAAAAAGAAGAGACCUGUCCUAAGAGAGUGUUGGCAAAAACAUUCUGGCAUGGCCAUGCUGUGUGAGACCAUCGAGGAGUGCUGGGAUCACGACGCGGAGGCCAGGCUGUCGGCGGGCUGUGUGGAAGAGCGCAUCAUCCAGAUGCAAAAACUAACUAACAUUAUAACCACAGAGGACAUCGUGACUGUGGUCACAAUGGUGACAAACGUUGACUUUCCUCCCAAAGAAUCCAGCCUAUGAUAGUUGCACUGGUCACGCCCCUGACCGCCAGGACUCUCCGCCGGAGCUGCCGCAGCUGACGGGACUGCGUUGCCACUGCUGUGUGGGAAGCACGGUGAGUCUUUGGAGCACCCCUGAGAGGGGUCUGUCCUUUCUCCCCCCUCCCCGCCGACCACGGAUCCAUCAGACUUUCUGCAUUCCCCACGUCCACCCGAAGGACACGUGGCUGAGAGUCGAUCAGACGCUGUCGAGGAACUGAAGUGAAGAACACGGACCCGUACUGGCUAAUCAAGUGUUUUAAAAACUGACACCAGAUUUCUUAAUACCCGUCAGAAGAGACUAAUUCCUUAAAUGAACUACUGUUAUUUUUUUUAAAAUCAAAACAUUU